AUGUAUGGUGUAUGGUGUUUCCACCCCCUCGUCGCCUUGUGCUCCCUUCUCUGCCUCAUUUCACCGCUUGUCGCAGCAAAAUCUCACUUUCGUCGAGCAGCCGACAUUCGGCUUCGAGCUCCGCUGAAUGAAGCUCGAGACCAACAUCUCGCUGCCAAAACUACACCGGAUAACACACGCCAACCAUUGCCAGCCGAUUACCGAGCUAACACUGAGGGAAAUCACGAUCACUACCAUCUAUACAACUAUGGCGGCGCUCUAGACUACGGAGACUUUUUUCUCGCUAUCACCAGUGCGCAGACUUGGCUCGUUGACCAGCUGAUAAACGACGUAUACGAUAUAACACCUCACCCCCUAGAGUUAAUCGAUGAGCGGGCGGUCCCAGCAGAUGGCUAUACACAUGCGGAAAAUGGGGUUGAGUUUAGUCUUACCCCGGCCACACCUGAUGUCGAUUACGAUGAGUUCUUCAAAUUGUUGACAGGGUUUGCGAAGCUCUGCGCGCAGUUUCAAAUUCGGGAAUUCGACUUUGUUCUUUGGUUUGGUGAUACGCAGCAUGAAGAAGAUAUAAAGGCGAGGGGUUACCUUAGGGUGUUGAGUGUGCAGAGUCAAGGAAAUAGUACUGUCAUUACGAAUGAUGCUAGUGUUGCAUAA